AUGGCCAAGGACAAUCUCACCGCUAUUCUCUACGGUAUCAACGAUAUUCGACUGGAACAAACUCCGAUCGAGGAACCCAAUCAGGAUGAGGUACUCCUGCAGAUGGGUUGCGUCGGGAUUUGCGGUUCCGACGUUCAUUAUUUGGUGAGCGGAGGAAUCGGCGAUUUCGUGGUGCGAAAGCCUAUGAUCAUGGGUCACGAAGCUGCCGGCGUGGUCGUCAAACUCGGAAAAAACGUGAAACACUUAAAGGUCGGCGACCGUGUGGCCAUCGAACCUGGUGUAUCCUGCAGAAUGUGUACAUUCUGUAAAGGAGGACGUUACAAUUUGUGCAAGGACAUGGUGUUCUGCGCUACUCCACCGGUACAUGGCAAUUUGAGGCGUUUUUACAAACACGCAGCUGACUUUUGUUUCAAAUUACCGGACAAUGUGACGUUGGCCGAAGGAGCACUAUUGGAGCCAUUAUCGGUCGGUGUGCACGCGUGUAAACGCGCUAACAUCAGCAUCGGUUCGAAAGUUUUGAUUUUAGGAGCCGGACCGAUCGGUCUGGUGACUUUAUUGGUAGCCAAAGCCAUGGGUGCCAGUAAAAUCGUUAUUACCGGUACGUUCACCUUCAAAAAUGUACUUUUUCUUACUUUGACUCUUGUAAUUAACCGACGAUCGUCUUUAGAUCUGUCGCAAAAUAGAUUGAACAUGGCGAAGAAGUUAGGUGCCAAUGCUACGUUGUUGAUUAAGCCCGAAUACGCGGAGGCUGAUGUUGUAGCGAAGGUCCACCAGCUUUUCGGAGGCGAGGAACCGGAUCGUACGAUCGAUGCUUCCGGUGCGCAAUCCUCGAUCCGUUUGGCGAUCCUCGCAACGAAAUCCGGUGGAGUGGCAGUGAUGGUAGGAAUGGGUGCAGCAGAGGUUCAAAUUCCAUUGAUUAACGCGCUCGUAAGGGAAGUCGAUAUCAGAGGCGUGUUUCGAUACGCGAACGAUUACUCUGACGCGCUGGAUCUGUUGGCAACCCAAAAAAUCGACGUGAAACCGUUGAUAACUCACAAUUAUAAAAUAGAGGAGACCGUAGAAGCGUUUGAAACUUCGAAAUCGGGACAAGAUGUUAUUAAGGUCAUGAUAUAUUGUAACUAGAGCAACGAAAGUAACCUUUCGUUCCUCUUUCUAAACGCUACGGACAAGAUUUGGUAAUCACGAUCGGUGAAAUAUGAAAUAUCGGUGACGUUAAGUGGUCUCGGUGUUAGAUUUUUAUCCGAAUAACUCGAACGAGAUAAACGCGCGUUUUAUACGAAAUUUUUAUUAGGCGUAUUCGAAGAAGGUGAUAAAUCUACGCUUUUAAACUUAGUAUGCUUAAAGUUGUUUUUUAGAAUAUUGUUUCUAGGAUAUUUGAUGCGAAACGAUGGCACUGUACGCGGCAGGUCCGUGUAGAAAGAAUAUCGUUUUCAAAGAUGUUAGGUGGUUUUUCUUACAUAUUAAUACGCUGGAAACCCGAUAACAGUAAUAUCCUCUCGAUAAAUGUUCCGAUGGAAAAUUUUCAUUACGAUUUUUUUAUUUGACGAACGCUGUGCGGUUACGCUACGCGAAUAUUACGUAAUGCCGAUAUUGUAAUCUAUAAUUGCAGUUGUUUCGAGUGCUCAAUUCGCCGUCAAGUGCGAACUGUUUUUAUUAUCGUCCAAUUAAAGUUGAAGUGCCGGAAAGAUUGUUAGAUCGUUUAAUUUCUGAUUAUAUAAUAAACCCGUUAAGUUUGCUAAUAAAUCUCACCACGAAUGUAAUUGGCACGUUAGAGAAAACGAGUCUAGACGGAUAAUACGCGUUUCUAGAACGAAAAGUUCAAGUAUCCCAUACUAUUUAUUUUCGAAAAGAAUGAUUUUCAUUGAAAUAAAGGAGGAAAGGUGUGUCGAGUGGUGGGUUUCAACGAUUUAAAACGGAUCGAGAGUAUUCACAGGAAGAGACUUAACCAUCUGUGAUAUUGUCUGCUAACAAUGACACCGCAUGACUUCUUCUAUUAGCCUUCUACGUUACACGAGAGGUACUCGAAACGCGCAGUCUGUUUUCGAGUCACUCUUGUGCUCGAGUUUCUUUCUUUUUUUUAUAUCAAGAUACGUAAUAUACACCGAUCGAUCAACCUGGUGGUUGAGAGCAGGAGACCGUGGUAAAUGUCUACAAUUAGGGCCUCAACGAGAAAUUAAUUGAAAAGAAGUAAAUUCUAUGUAUUUUUACCCCCCACGAAUGUAAAACUAUCGACAAAAUUUCAGGGUCGCCUGUAUUUACUAAGAUAUUGUGGUAAAUAUUCACAUAAAAUCAUCAUUUUCAAAAGUUAA